GAGUCCUCUUUUCUUUAAUAGCUUGUGUUCCCAGGAACAAAGCCAUCGAAGGUCGACAACAUAGUGGAAAAUAGUAGGAAAGAUUACUCAAACCCGUGAGGUUUAAUAUACUCAUGGCGGCGCGGUAUUAGGAACCCCUUUACAAUAAGAAGUGAAAAUCUAAGGAUGAAUCGAAAGAUGACUAAGAGGCUAAUUUCUAUCAUCUACUGGAGUCGACAACUUUUUUAGUUAUCCAUCUGCCAGUGACCCAUCUGACGACGAAGGAAUCUUCCUUUUUCUCGCUGAAACAAAUAUCCCAAAAGACGAAGAGAUGCUGCAAGAACCUCGAGUUGGAACUUCUGCAAAACAACCUCUAGCAAAUAACCCCACACAGGGGAAAGAUCCAGAGAGAGCUUACCAGGAGUCUCCACUCCAAGCAAAACCGGAGCGAGCCCAUUCUAAGAAGGCCGAGGAGCAUGAGACGGACGAGAGCUCUUCAUAUCAUCAACCGAGGCCAACAAGAUCCCGGAGUAUACAUAAUAUGAGCCAUAAUAUAGCAUCUCAAAGCGCUUCCCAUUUCGAAGAAGCUAGUACUGUUCAGGCAGCCUCGGGGCAGCAUAGAUCGUACAGUUACAAUUCGUAUCGUUCAAAGCUUGAUGUUGAACAAAUCGAUACCAUCAGACUGAACUAAACCAUCUUCAACAUGAUAGAUUUAGCGACAGUCACAAGCGAGACGUUCAAAACAUUAUAUUGCUAAUUGACCAUUACAGUUCUAAUUCUAUAACCCCAUUUUCAUUCUCAUAUACACAUAAAUAAUUCAU